CUACACAAAUUUCACAAAAUUUAUUAAAUUAUUAUAAUAAUGAACCACCUUUUAAUUUAACAACUUUAGAACCACGAGCAUAUUGGAAGCAUAUUUCUUAUCAGGCUGGUGCAUUAAAAAUAUUGGCUCUAAAAAUAUUUGCAAUUCGCCCUCAUUCUGCUGGAGUAGAACAACUUUUUUCACCUACUUCAACCUUAAAAAUGAUUUCACAAAUAAAUCUUGCUUUAUCUAUAGAAGUUCCUAAAAAAAAUCUAACUAAAAAAUUAGUUGAAAAAGAUAAAGAUAUUGAUGAUUUAGAUAAUUAUUAUGAAGAAUUAUUUUCUUCGGAUUUUACUGAUGAAGAAGAUAAUGAAUUAGAAUUUAGCCACGUUCAAGAAAUUUCUUUAGAAUUGAUUCAAAAUAAUUCAGAGUCAUUUAUGGAGGAGUUUAUUAAUUUUGAUAUUAUUGAAGAAUUAAUUACAAUAUCGGAUAAAGUAAAACAAAAUAUUGAUAAAAAUGAAAAUACAUCUAAUUGGACUUUAGAUGAUAUUUUAAAUACAG